AUGGACGGCCUAACAUUCUUCAACCUGACCAGCACCAUCAUGGCCGCCAUCGCCAGCUACCGCCCACCGCACAACACCAUCGCGAUCUCGUUAGCCACACGCCAAGUCUCGGGAACAGGUCCAUACGCCCCCAAAACAACGAGCUCCCCUCUCCUCCCCUCCCACACAAUCUACCAGCCAAGCAACCUCUCCGGGGCGACAGAAUCAACACCAGUCAUAAUCUGGGGCAACAACGCCUGCACCUCUACUGCAAGCGACCCUUACAAAGACCUGAACGAAGAGCUAGCAUCCUGGGGCGCCAUGGUCUUCGCAUGCGGACCCUCGGCCCCCGUGCUGUCGCUCCUAGAAUCCCACGCGUCGUUCGAGAACAUCGACACGGCGAAGUUAGGCAUGCUAGGCACCAGCUGCGAGAGCAGCGCAUUGUAUGCCGCAGCGGAGAACCCGCUUGUCCUCUCCCUCGCGGUCCUGGAUGUGAAGCCUGCGGUUUCGAGCGCGGAGACGCGCGCACUGGCUGCUAAUGCGACGAAGCCUGUUUUCUGGUUCUCGGCUGGUGCGGCGGGGUUUGCGCCGCUGGAUCGGAAUAGGGGGGGAGCGAGGGCGGAUUUUGACGCUGUGGCUAGAGGUGUGCCGGCUUGGUAUGGGGCGUUGCCCGGCGCGGAUGGGGAGGUGCUGGAUGAAGGGAGUGCGGGGAAGAUGGGCAGGGCGGGCAGGUUUUGGGCGCAGUGGAUGGUGGAAGGGAAUCAGACGGCGAGUGGGUUCUUUGUGGAUGCGGCGGGGGCGGAGAGUGAGGGGUGGACGGUGGCGAGGAAGGGGAUGGAUGUGCUUGUGUUGUGA